CUGUCUCGGUGCUUGUGCUCAUCUCGCCAGCAUGAGGGAGACAAAUUCGCUCUCUGAGGCAGGCAAGACUAAGCCAACCGAGUACACCCUUAACGAAUGACACACGAAGGGGUUCGCCAUGUGUUCGUGAAAAAAACGAACUUUUCCUGUGAAAUUUGUGGAAAAUUCUCCGAAAUUGUUGCGAAAACCGAACAAGGCAAGCGAGGCAAGGGAUGGGAUUGACGGUGAGGCACCUGAGCUGACCUGAGCAAGGGAUUAGGAAAAGGGAAGCAAAACAUCGCUCGCCUCGCCCGAUGCCUCCGCUCCUCACCUUACCUGCCUCCUCCCCUCUCCUCCUCGCCUCUCGCCUCGGCGCCCUCCGCCCCGGAGGACCACGACACCACCACCGCUCCGCCGCUGUCCGCUUCCUCGCGCCGCGCAGGAAGACCCGACCAGACCCGGGCCCGGCGAUGAGCUGGCUGGGGAAGCUGGGCCUGGGCGGGCUGGGCGGCAGCCCGCGCGCGUCGGAGGCUUCGGCGGCGCUGGCGCAGGGGCCCGACGAGGACCAGCCGGCGCCGGGGAACGAGUUCGCGCAGUUCGGGGCCGGCUGCUUCUGGGGCGUGGAGCUCGCGUUCCAGCGAGUCCCCGGGGUGACGCGCACCGAGUCGGGCUACAGCCAGGGCAACCUCCACGACCCGGCCUACGAGGACGUCUGCACCGGCGCCACCAGCCACAACGAGGUCGUCCGGGUGCAGUACGACCCCGCCGCCUGCAAGUACGACGACCUCCUCGACGUUUUCUGGGCACGCCACGACCCCACCACCCCCAACCGUCAGGGCAACGACGUUGGGACGCAGUACAGGUCAGGGAUCUACUACUACACCCCGGAGCAGGAGAAGGCGGUGAGAGAAUCCCUGGAGAAGCAGCAGAAGCUUCUGAACCGGACGAUCGUCACCGAAAUCCUCCCGGCGAAGAGGUUCUACAGGGCAGAGGAGUACCACCAGCAAUACCUUGCAAAGGGCGGCCGCUUCGGCUUCAGGCAGUCGGCAGAGAAGGGUUGCAACGACCCCAUCCGUUGCUACGGCUGAACUUCAUGUAGCGCCUGAAUAAGGAUAUGGAAGAGCCAAAUUUUACUAGAACUGUUUUACUAGCUUCGUUUUGUGAUUUCAAUUCAACAGCUGCAAGAGAUGAGCUAUGCCAUGAUAAUUGGAGAUGAUUUGUGUACAAACCACCUUACCUUUCUUGGGAACAUACUAUAGUCCAUCUGAGUGCAUAGAAGCACAAACAAGCAUGACGAUUGCUCCUA